CCCUGGAUCAAACCCCAGUCAUCAAUGAAAUUCGCCAGAAAGCCAGAAAGAUAGUGGGGUUGUUCAGAUCCAGCUGCAAAGCAAAGGACAAGCUUGUGGAGAUGCAGAGCUUGAUGGGCAGACCAAGUCUGAAAAUGAUACAGGAGGUUGAAACGAGAUGGAACAGCACAUUCGACAUGCUACAACGCUUGUAUGAGCAACGUGAGCCAGUGGCUGCUGCACUUGCCAAUUUAAACAGUGAUACUGCUCCCCUGACAAGUCUUGAGUAUGACAUUAUUCAACAGUCAUUGACACUUCUUCAACCAUUCAAACUAGCAACAACAGAGAUGUCAGAGGAACAGAGAGUGUCUGCUUCAAAGCUCAUACCAUUGUACAGGAUGUUGCAGCACAAGCUUGCACAGAAAAAAGGAAAUGCAACGCAGGAAUCAACUGUACAAUUAGGCUCACAUCUACAAGAAGGUCUGCACUCCAGAUGUGGAGGGUACGAGACUUUCAGAGCCUUGGCACUGGCUACACUGCUGGACCCAAGGUUUAAAAAUGUGGCUUUUGGAAAUCCUGCCAAAGCCCUGGAUGCUGAAAAGCACAUCACACUGGAGUGUGCUUCACUGAUGCGUUCAAACACAACUCCUGAACCACAAAUGUCAACAUCAGGCCCAUCAUCAACACCAGUUGAAACACAAGACAGUUUAUGGGAACAUUUUGACAAUCGUAUCCGUGAGACCCAGAUGAUACACAAUCCUACAGCUGAUGCCACAGUGGAAGUGAAAAAAUACCUCAGCGAUGCGUUUUUGCCCAGAACUCAUGAUCCUCUAACUUACUGGAAAGAGAGAGCAGUAAUCUUUCCUCAUUUGUAUGUCCUAGCUAAAAAAAUAUCUUUGUAUGCCAGCAACAAGUGUCCCUUGUGAGAGAAUUUUUUCAAAGGCUGGAGAAAUUAUCUGUAAAAAAAGUAGGCUGAGUCCUUCAACAGCAGAGAAAUUAAUAUUUUUGAAUAAAAAUCUAUAAGA